UCCUUAUUUAGCUGUAUGUGCUAAGCUAACGUGCAGCAUGCUAUUAUUUUCUUUUAGCAAUUGUUAUUAGCGUUGCUUUGCUAAAUGUUCAGCAUUGUAAAGUAUCUCAAGCAGAGAGAAUAGCGGUGAUUUAACACAGUUAUAACACUCUUAUUAAUUAAUGUUGAUUACGUUCAUAGUCAUGUCCAACACUGGACACAGACUGAUAUGCUCGAAAAAGUGAUAGCUCUAAAGUGUUAGCAUAACACAGUGCCUCUUCACUCAUUUAUUUCUACGGUUUUGGUCAGUGUCACUCUGUUACGCUGUUAUAACUUAGAUCAUGUAUCGGUCUGUCACUGCAUGCACGGGGAUAAGACUCUAAAGUUACACGUCGUUCACACAGCGUGAGGUGAGUGAAUACAGCUGAGCAGGGGACUCCUCAGGACGGAAACUACCACACCUCUCCAAGCUGCCUCUCUGACUGACUGCUGGAACUGGCAAGAGGACAUUUAAACUUGAUUUUUACUUUUUUCACCGGCAUGGAUUCUGAGAAGACCUAAUUUGGAGAUUUUAGUGUGUGUUUUAACUCGUGCUUGUGGAUUUUUGCGAGCGCUGAACCCGCUACUAAAGUUUUUACGAGUGGAAGUUAAAACUUUAGAAAAUGGAUCAAGCCAGCGGAGGGGACGACCCAAACAAACCAUCGAAAAAGAAGUCCGGAGAGGAUGAGGGUAAAAACAAAAAGCUGAACAUACACAUUAAAACAUUGGCUGAUGAUAUGCGCGAUCGCAUUACGAGUUUCAGAAAACAGGGGAUGAAGAAGGAGAAGGAGAAGCCUCUCAUCCAGCACCCCACAGACCCCCUCCCUACUCAGGCCGAGCUUCCCGUGCCACAGCCCCUCUUCGACGACCGCUCCAUGAACCUCUCGGAGAAAGAAAUCAUCGACCUCUUUGAAAAGAUGAUGGAGGACAUGAACCUAAAUGAGGAUCGCAAAGCUCCUCUGCGUGGAAAGGACCUGAGCACCAAACGAGAGAUGGUGGUCCAGUACAUCUCAGCCACGGCCAAAUCUAUAACUGGGAGCAAAGUUGCGGGUGGACUGAGGAACAGCAAGCACGAGUGUACCCUUUCAUCCCAAGAAUAUGUCCACGAGCUGCGUUCUGGCAUCACCGAGGAUAAGCUGCUUAAUUGCCUGGAGUCCCUUAGAGUGUCUCUCACUAGCAAUCCUGUCAGCUGGGUGAACAACUUUGGUCAUGAGGGGCUCGGUCUUCUUCUUGAAGCCCUGGAGAAGCUUUUGGACAAGAAACAGCAAGAACCAAUAGAUAAACGCAACCAACACAAACUGAUCCAGUGCUUGAAGGCUUUCAUGAACAAUAAGUAUGGGCUGCAAAGGAUCCUGGGAGAUGAGCGCAGUCUGCUGCUGCUGGCCCGAGCCAUUGACCCCAAACAGACUAACAUGAUGACCGAGAUAGUAAAAAUCCUGUCUGCGUUCUGUAUCAUCGGAGAGGAGAAUAUCUUGGAUAAGAUUCUUGCUGCCAUGACCAUUGCUGCAGAGAGGAACAAUAAAGAGAGAUUUGCCUCCAUUGUGGAAGGACUGGAAAACCAUGAGGCCCAGCAGCUUCAGGUCGCCUGUAUGCAGCUGAUCAAUGCCCUGGUCACUUCCCCUGAUGACCUCGACUUCCGGAUACACUUACGGAAUGAGUUCCUAAGAUGUGGUCUCAAGAAGAUCCUGCCGGAGCUGAAAGAGACCGAGGAACUGGACAUUCAGCUGAAGGUUUUCAAUGAAAACAAGGAGGAGGACUCUAUCGAACUCUCUCACCGGCUCGAUGACAUCCGUGCUGAAAUGGAUGAUAUGGAUGAGGUGUACCAUCUCCUGUCCAACAUGGUCAAAGACACGGGCUCAGAAACAUACUUCCUAUCCAUUCUACAGCAUCUGCUACUCAUCAGGAAUGACUAUUACAUCAGGCCCCAAUAUUACAAGGUUAUAGAAGAAUGUGUAUCUCAGGUUGUCUUGCAUCGCAGUGGGAUGGAUCCUGAUUUUGGCUAUAGUAAGCGCCUAGAUGUCGACUUCACUCAUCUGAUUGAUCAGUGCGUGGAUAAAGCCCGGGUGGAGGAGAGCGAGCAGAAAGCUGACGAGUACUCGAAAAAGUUUGAUGAGGAGUUCAGCGCGCGGCAGGAGGCUCAGGCCGAAUGUCAAAAGAAGGAAGAGAAAAUCAAAGAGUUGGAGGGAAAGAUCCAGACCCUGGAGUCUCAGGUUGCGGCAGGUCCGACAGCUGGAGGAGCUCCACCACCUCCCCCUGUCCCAGGUGGUGCUGCUCCACCACCACCUCCUCCUCCCCCUCCUCCCCCCGGCGGCUGUCCUCCUCCCCCUCCUCCUCCUCCUCCACCAGGACAUGCAGGUAUGCCCCCUCCACCACCACCUCUGCCUGGAGGAGGACCCCCGCCGCCCCCUCCUCCUCCUGGAUGUGGCAUUCCACCUCCUCCACCUUUCGGUGGUCCAGGUGGACCUCCUCCUCCACCUGCACUGCCUGUGGUCAAACUGCCUUAUGGACUGGAGCCGAAGAAGAUCUACAAGCCUGAAACUGUGAUGAAGAGAGUUAACUGGACAAAGAUAGUGCCUCAGGAAAUGGCAGAGAAUUGCUUCUGGAUCAAAGUCAAAGAAGAGAAGUUUGAGGAUCCUGACCUAUUUGCUCAGCUCUCCCUGUCCUUCUCGUCGCACAGUAAAGUUAAAAAGGAUACAACGGAUGAUACUGACAGCAGAAUGCAACAGUUCAAGAAAAAGGCAAAGGAGCUUCGAAUCCUGGACAGCAAAACAGCACAGAAUCUUUCUAUUUUCUUGGGCUCGUUCCGCCUGCCUUAUGAAGAGAUCCGGGACAUUGUGCUGGAGGUGGACGAGGAGCGGCUCAGCGAAUCACUCAUCCAGAACCUGAUAAAGAACCUGCCCGAGCAGAAAGAGUUGAGUGCGCUGGCCGAGCUGAAGGGAGAAUAUGAUGACCUGGUUGAGUCGGAACAGUUUAGCAUUGUGAUGAGCUCUGUGAAACUCCUACGACCGCGUCUCAACGGCAUCCUGUUCAAGCUGACAUUCGAGGAGCAGGUCAACAACAUACGGCCCGACAUCAUGAGCGUGACAUUCGCCUGUGAGGAGGUGAAGAAGAGCGAGGGCUUCAGCAAGCUUCUGGAGCUGGUGCUACUGGUGGGCAACUACAUGAAUGCAGGCUCCAGGAACGCACAGACCUUUGGCUUCAACAUCAGCUUCCUUUGCAAGCUCCGAGACACUAAAUCCAUCAGUCAGAACACAACCUUACUCCAUUUUCUGACUGAGAAGUGUGAAGAAAAUUACCCUGAAAUCAUGAGGUUCCCUGAUGAAUUGGAACAUGUGGAAAGCGCUAGUAAAGUAUCGGCUGAGAUCCUGAACAGCAGCUUGGCCACGAUGGAGCGACACAUCAAGAGGCUGGAGAAUGAUAUCACCAACUUCCCCAAGACGGACGACCCACAAGACAAGUUUGUUGAGAAGAUGUCUGGUUUCAGCAAGCAUUCUCGGGAGCAGUAUGAGAAGUUGUCCACGAUGCACAAGAACAUGCAGAAGCUCUAUGAAAGCAUCGGCAGCUACUUCGCGUUUGACCCUCAUGCUGUCACUGUGGAGGACUUCUUCGGGGAACUGGCCAACUUCCGUCUGCUCUUCCUGGAAGCCAUGAAGGAGAACCACAAGAAGAGGGAGAUGGAGGAGAAGAUCAAGAGAGCCAAGCUGGCGAAGGAGAAGGCUGAGCGCGAGAAGCACGAACGCCAGCAGAAGAAGAAGCAGUUGAUUGACAUGAACAAAGAGGGAGAUGAGACUGGGGUGAUGGACAGUUUAAUGGAAGCUCUACAGUCCGGAGCAGCUUUCAGAGACCGGAGAAAACGGACACCUCGUAACGGUGAUCAAAGUCCUUCCAGUCCAAGCUCUCGGUGGCCGGGUGCUAACUAUGGUAACCGAACUCUAGACAACCGACGUGCAGUCCUGGAAAGAUCCCGCUCUCGACACAACCCAAAUCACCAAGCUCGAUGAUCGCCCGCGCCUACCACCGGACGCUCGACAAGUGCCAAAGAGGCCGGCAAAGAGGUGCACACCUGUACCACCAUCUCCACCAUAUCUGACCCAGGGGGCGCCACACUACUCUGCUUAAACCCUUACCAAGCAGCAGGUCCCUGUGAGCUGAACAAACUAUAUCACAGACAGUACUAUUUCAAGCCUUACAUAUUUAUUCACUUCUUCUUCGUCACUCUAAAAAGAAAAAAAUAACAGGUCUCCGCUCUCACAAGAUUUCAUGAAUUUUAAUUAUUAUUAAUAUUAUUAUAAUUUUUUAUUUUAUUUUUUUGCAAAAGUCUGGCCAUUCUAACUGAAUCCAUUGUUAAUCAAAGUGCAACGCAAUCUGGAUGUAAAAAGCAUUCUAGAGUGUUGGAAUUUUUUUUAUUGAAUUCAUUUUUUUUGUCAAUUUAUUUUUGCCAAGAUGGACUGCACCAUAAUGUAAGCUUAGCCACUCAUAAGAACACACUGUACCGUGCUUUGCUUUAAGAUGGGGGGGCAGAUGUCCGUUCUAAAGGGAAUCAAAACACACCGAAUGCCACACAUGUUGGCUACCCGCUGACAACUCCUAUUUCUUUCUAUUUCCUCCCUUAUUCUUUAUAACAGUCUCCAGGCGAAUAGUUAACUUUACCGUUCAUUACAUAUCCUCCAAAGCCACAAGAACGACCCCGAUGACUUAAGACCCCCCAUUGUAAUCCAUUAUGGUAUUUUUAGCUUGGUAAUAUGUAAAUGGAGUCCUUGGUUGCACCCUUCUGACCAAAGCUAUCAUAAACUCAAUAAAUGCAUAUCAUUCCUGCUUGCAAUCACAUCACCUCUAACCUACACGGGCUAUUGUACUAAUAGAUGAAAAAAUCUGUCAUGGAAAAGCAUAUUAAGGUGUAUUCAUAUCUGCAGAAAUAAUACAAAUUCUCAAAGUGCUUUCAUCCCACGUAAGAGAUUGAGUCGCCCUAAUAAAAACAAUCAAAAAUGUCCCAGAUAUACAUCUAAUAUGAAGACAUUUUGAUUGCACAAAGAAACAAUUGAUCAUCUUUCAAAUACUUCUGUCGCUGUAUUACUCUGCAUUUGUUUGCCGCAAAACAAAUCUUAUUUUAGAAAUGUAAAAGCCCAUUAGGGAAAAAUCACUCAAAGUACUACACUUAUAAAAGCACUACAAAGUGCCACAUUUACUGACAGAAUCGAUGCAUUUUAUGAAGAGUUUCUUGUUUUAAUAUGAACACUAUAGACGCCAUUGAUUUGAACAGUGAAGGCAGGGCUUGUGGGUCCAGGCAUGUGAUGCUAUAAUUAGUCAUGAGUCUGCUGCUCACACAAAUGAGCUCAAUUUGUCUAUAUGGCAACAUGCCACCUUUUCUAAAAGGUGCACUAUGUAACUUUUGUAGUGCGGCGUAAUAUUUUAAUUGAAUGUACCACAGUAUGGAAUCAAAUGUGUCUAUCCUGUGUUUUUCAAAUGCAAAAAUUACCUUGGAAAACAUUCUUUACUGUGCACAGGCUUGCCUCUCCACAGAUCUGACUGGUUACUUUACUUGGUGGCUUUUCUCCACUGAGAUGGACAUGUUUGAUUUCAUACUGUGGAAUAUUCAGUGCAAAGCAAUGACAUAUCCAUGGAGACAAGCAGUUAGCAGACACUCCCCCAGAAAUGUUACAUAGUGCCCUUCAAAAAGAUUUUAAACUAAUAGGCAAACACAGAAUUUCAAACAAUAUGAUGUCGAUGUUAUAUGAAAUAAAAAUGUAUGAAUAAUGACAGCAAAAAUGAUGAACUUUUAAAAAUCUGGGCUUGCAGAUAACGUUAACAUAUUAUGCUUUUUAGAAUCAUUUUUAUUUUGUACUUUACAAAAUCCUACUAUUCAGACUUCUUCAUCUCAAAUCGAACCAGAAUUUUAUGCAAGAUUUACUAAAUGUUUCACAACCAUGCAGAAAAAUACGUCUUUGUGCCAAGGACCCAGUGUCAGACAGGCCACUCUGUAUUAUUCAUAUAUUCAUGCCAAGGGUGGUUUUGUCCCCUCACUGCCCUAAAUGUAAGCAGAUGCUCCACUAAACAAGCUCAAGUCACACGCUUACUGAAUAUAAGUACAUCGAAACCACAUCUCCAAAACUGCAAUGUCCUUUAACUACAAUACUUUCUAUUUAAUCAUGCCAUAACUUUACUUUAAGCUGGUGGUUUAACUGCGCGUUGGUAAUCACAAAGAGACGUAAUAGGAUUCCCGGGACCUGGAUAGAAGAAAUCGUCCAUUCAAAUAAUCUGCAAGUGUGAUUUUUAUUCCGACCUUCUGCAAAAAUGCAAUUUAACACAUCGUCUAACCUCAAGGUGCGUCCAAAAAGAUCCCAUAGACGUUUUUGAAGAGCCCAUUUUUCGCUAUUUUCUGAUUUUCUAUGUUAUAACGUUGUUUCCUCAUCACAAACAUACCUGGAGUUGUGUUUUGUUUCAUUCACACACAAACAUAACACACAAAUCCCGCAUAGUUAGGUUCUUCUCUCAAACUGAAAACACUCUGUGAUACAGGAAGUGUUCCACUGUGUUUUUAAACUCCAUACACCUUCCCAAGAGUCAUUUGGAUAAUUUUACACACACACUAAUAAUAAAAACAUGUGAAUAACUCCAGGUUUUUGAUGAGGUAACAAUAUUAUAAAGCUCACAAGAGUCAAUUUCACGUAAUAUAGGACCUUUAAGGUAGUGAUAAUAACUUCUGGGAAUGGGGAGGAUGUCUGGUUGUACAAAAGCAUGUGAGUCCUACUUUCGUCCAUUGUAAAAGAUUGUUUUCACUCCCAAUUAUUCCCGAUUUUAAUAAUAUUUUGACUGACUAUUUUGAAGUAUUAGGCCAAUAUUUAUCCAACCCAUAUUUUCUCAUUUGUGCCAAUUUUAUUUUUGUUUUAUAUAUCAAAGGGAGAAAACAGGUUUCCUUGUGUUGAAAUUGUACAGAUAUUGUUUCAUAUUUUAGACAAUUAGGAUCAUUUUAAGGUAGACGUGGUUUUAAAAGGUAAUAGUUGUGGUAUUUCUUUUGUAAAAAAAAAAAAAGGAAAAAAAAGUGUAUUUGAAGUUUUUUAAUCAUUUUUGAUGACCCCCUGUAGAUUCAUAAGCUUUGAUAUACACUGUCAAGUCAUUGUAGAAGUUUAUCAAUGUUUUUUAAUGCAUUUUGUGCACUGAUCAGAGUAAGGGUGUUUUUAGUUAGUUGGCUCAUUCCAUGUAGUAUUAGAAAUGGGGCAGACAGACAUGUUCAAAUAUGUUUGAAACCUCAUGUCACACAAUUGUAAAUGCACUGUAAAAUAGUUGCACUCUUUAACAUACACACAAACUUGCUUAUCUCAAAAUGAUUGCCCAGAAACCCCUGUAAGUUAUGUUUAAUUCUCUAGUAAUACUGUUGGUACUUUGCAGAGACAUCACGCUGGGGGUGUUCUACAUGUGACAGAGAACUCACCUGUUUAGUCAGUUCUUCUGUUCUACGGUCAGAUUACAUUAAAGUAAAGAUCAGUUUAAAGUCUAUCAGAGCUUCAGAUCGAGCAUGUGAACAGCCCCCAAGAAAUGUGAGCUGCAAAUAUCAAUCUGUAAUUAUGUAAUUUACAACAAAGAAAAAACAAUAGAACACCAAUAAUCAAAAAUAGGUGCUUUUCCUCAUUUGUAGUUCAGAAUCUUUUAACCUAUUGGAAUCCACGGUUUCAUAUAAUGUAGUUUCACUCUAACCUCGCUAUGAGCAAAUCAAAGUCUUAUACUCAUAUCAAAACACUUUUUUUUUUUUUUUUUUUACAAUUCUGUUCACCCAUCACAUACAAUACACACAAUUUUAUUUUAUUUAUGAAAAAUAUAUAUUACCUAUAUUUUUUUACAAAUAUAGUUCUCCAAACCAGUGCAGCUACUUUCUGAUAAACUUCUACAAUGACGGCCAUCUUUCCUGUAAGUGACGUUCGUCCUCUUAUCAUCAUUUUAGGGUCAUCAGAUUAUGUGUUUUUACCUUCAGCCUGUCUGUAGAUCAGGGCUGUUUCUUUUAGUAUAUUAAGGGUUUCUAGAGAGAGCGCAUCGUCCCAGUGUUUUUUGCCUUUGAACUAACAUGGAGUGGUCAAGGAAUCAUGGUAACUGUGUAAAGGAGGAGGCAGGGGUAUGCAAGUUUUCAUUACAGAACUGUUGAGGUGCCAUUUUGGUGAGGGUUCAAAUGAAUGGAUUUUUUUACUCAGUGACUGCGCACUUUACCUCAUUCUGCUUCAACAAAAAGGAAAAAAAAAAAAAAAAAACUCUAACUAGGAACUAACUAGGAACUAUUUACUUGCGGUAAACAGUUCCCAGCUGCCACCGCUCCUUCCAAUUUCCAGGGUGCUUACUUUAUUGAUUUGUUUUGAAUAGCGACCAAUUGUGGCGAAAGCAAAGACACACAGUGAGCUAAUGUUGUGAAGCUGUGUGCGAUGCUGCCAUAUCCCUGCCUGACUCCGCCAUUGUCACUAGAAACAUUUAUAUUUGUAAUGUUUAAAGUUUAAUUUGUAUGCUUCAAGACAAGCUGGUUAUGCACACUGUCCUUCCAUAGACUCUGUUAUGGAUUAUGAUACUAAACAAUAACCACUUUGUUAUAUAAAAUGAUUGAGCAAAUGUAAA